UAUAGGCUUCGACUUUAAACUAGCAAAACCAAAGGAGAAAGCUUAAUCGUGCGCCAAUGGAGAAAAGCAUAGCCGAGCUAAGGGAAACUUUCAAAAGCGGGAGAACUAAAAGUGUUUCAUGGAGGAAGAAACAGCUCAAGGCUUUCCUUGACCUCGUAAAUGAAAACGAGGACUCCAUUUUCAAAGCUUUGGAUCAGGAUCUGGGAAAGAGUCCAGUUGAAUCAUACAGAGAUGAGUUAGGGAUUGUAAAGAAGUCAGCCACCUAUAGUUUGAGCUGCCUCGACAAAUGGGUAGCACCUAAGAAGGGUGAUUUACCGUUGCUUUUAUUUCCUUCAAAAGCAGAAGUGAUACCUGAACCUCUCGGUGUAGUUCUCAUUUUCUCAGCUUGGAAUUUCCCAAUCACGUUGGCAUUGGAUCCAUUGAUCGGCGCAAUAUCGGCCGGGAACACGGUGCUGCUAAAACCAUCAGAACUGGCACCCGCAUGCAUGUCUUUUCUCAUUCAAGCCAUUCCUCAAUACUUGGACAACAAAGCCAUUAAGGUCAUUGGCGGUGGAGCAGAUGUAGGUGAACGACUACUUGAGCUGAGAUGGGACAAAAUAUUCUUCACCGGAAGUCCACGAGUUGGUCGCUUGGUGAUGACUGCAGCUGCAAAACAUUUGACUCCGGUUACUUUGGAGCUUGGUGGCAAAUGCCCUGCCAUUGUGCAUAAUACUCUUUCCAACCCUUCAAAAGCAAAGGUGACGGCUAAAAGAAUUGUAGGGGCGAAGUGGGGGCCUUGCACUGGACAAGCUUGCAUUGCAAUAGAUUAUGUGCUUGUGGAAGAGAAAUCAGCUUCUACUCUGAUUGAGUUAUUGAAGAAGUGUAUCCAGAGGUUUUAUGGUGGUAACCUCAAAGAGUUGAACAGCAUCUCCAGAAUUGUUAACAAGAACCAGUUUCAAAGAUUGGUUAAUCUCAUGAAAGAUCCCCAUGUUGCAGCCUCAGUUGUUUAUGGUGGUUCAGUGGAUGAAGAACAACUUGUUAUUGAGCCAACAAUCUUAUUAGAUCCACCGCUUGAUUCUGAGAUCAUGAAUGAAGAAAUCUUCGGCCCAUUGCUUCCAAUAAUUACAGUGAAAAACAUUGAAGAAAGCAUCGAAUUCAUCAACUCCAAGCCAAACCCUCUUGUUAUUUAUGCUUUUACUGAGGACGAAACCUUCAAAAAACGAAUUUUAUCAGACACUUCUUCAGGAUCUGUCACGUUCAAUGAUGCCAUGAUUCAGUUUCUAUGCGAUUCACUGCCAUUUGGAGGGGUGGGACAAAGUGGAUUUGGGAGGUACCAUGGGAAGUAUUCAUUCGACACUUUCAGCCAUGAGAAAUCUGUGUUACAUAGAGCCUUCUACCCUGAACUUGAACCAAGGUAUCCUCCAUGGACCAACUUCAAGCUUAUGUUCAUCAAAUUAGCUUACGGGUUCGACUACUUGGGAUUAAUGCUCCUCAUGCUGGGCUUCAGAAAAUCUUAGUUUGGGACGACAAC